AUGGACAUGAUAGUCGCUCUCGAUUUACACCCGUCGCGAGUGUACCUCACCCUGGGCCCUCUUCUCGCCCUCGGCGCCCUAACUCCAACGCCAUCCUUACCUCCACUGAUCCUUCUCCUAGCUAUCCUGCGGCUCCAGGCUGCAACGCUCAUCCCUCGGCGGAACUGGUCUGGAGCCGUCGCCCAAGUAAUCUGCGUCUCACUCGCGACAGGCAUAGUCCAUGCUGCAGCGUCUCUCCACGCCCUCUCCACGCCCUUCACCUCCUUGAUCGUCCUAGCCGGCCUAUCUACUGUGUCAACUACCAUUGCCGCGGGGGCGAUCGCGGCCGGAUACUACACGGAACGCGCUUCACAAACGCACUGGGCGCGCGCGACGCUCUUCCCUGCCACUUGGGCCACGACAUGGGCUGCAGUCGAGCGCGGUAGUCCGAUUGGCCAGCUAGCAACCUGGAGCCCCGUAGUUAACGUCGGGGGCUACGGCUGGCUGCGGCAGGUGGGCGGCCAGGCUGCGAUUAACUGGGUCGUGGCCGCCUGGGCUGUGGUCAUCGCGGACGUGGCGGGGGCAUGGAUGAUGGGACCGGGCGGAGAGCAAGAGCCCGGGUCGGAGGACGUUGUUUCCCUCGUGGACGACGUACCCCUCGUCCAUCCCAUUCCGAAAGCACGAUCGGCCAUCUCUGCAAAGGCACGCCGGACGCUCGUCAUGGCCGCAGUCCUCAUGACUCUCGCUGUUCCGUCAUACAUGGUCUCCGACCUCCCGCCUCCGGUUUCCGCGCCCGAUGUGACGCCUUUCGGCGUCGCGUGCGCUAUGCCUUACCCACAGCGUAAUGGUCACGCAACUGGUCCGCCUUCGCUGAAGGACUACGUCGCGGAGUCGAGGACGCUGCAAUCCCAGGCCAAGAUCAUCCUCUGGCCUGAGAGUGCUGUGCACUUCACCGCCGCGGGAGAGCGGGAGGAGACGUUUGCAAAGAUCAGCCGACAGAUCGCGAACGGGACCUACUACGGCAUCGGGUUCGAGGAGGUCGUCCAUUCCGACUCUCCGGACGGCGUCUGGAAGGCUGGUAUGAGACGCAACGGCUUGGUCCUUCUCGGAUGGGAAGGUGUAGUGUAUGAGUACUACAAGCGAAACCUGGUGCCUAUUGCCGAAUCAUUCUCCCUCACACCUUCCAACGAACAGCCCUCGCUCUUCACCAUGCACCUCCCCCACCCAAAAUUCUGGACCGCGCCCGAAUGGGCCCCAGCACCUAACUUCACGCGCCCGAUCGACAUCACAGCGUCCAUCUGCCUCGACUUCACCACUGCGUCCUCCUUCGCCGGGCUCCCCGCGCGCCCCGCACUCAUCCUCGCGCCCGCGCGCACCUGGCACCCGAGCAUCGGGCGCGCGAUGUGGGAGCAAGCCAAAGCGCGUGCGGAGGAAACUGGCAGCAUGGUGCUCUGGUGCGACGGCGGCGCGGGCGGGGUGAGCGGGCUUGCGGGGCGCGGCAUGCACGCAUUCCGGCAGACCGGGCCUGGCUCGUGGGCGCAGACGGUGAGCGUGCCGUGGCCAUUUGACCAACGCCGCACCAUUUUUGCGGCGGGGGGUACAUCUACGGCGCUCGCUGUGGUGUGGGCAAUCGCGGGGACAGCGUGGAUGGCGGGAGCUGUGGCUGGCCAAGUCGGGGACCGCGAGCAGGGAGCCGGGAGGGCGAUCGCGUCGCUCACCGGUGCGGUCCAGCGAGCUCUCGUGUCCAUUAGGAACCUCGGUGCCCGGGAGACGAGAGGCGAAGAACGGCCGCUGCUAGACUGAGCGGAACUUGAGAGAACCUGCCCCGCUUACGGGUCUUCCCUUGGUGUGCCUGGACUGUGCGAGCGUAUCCCCGUGUUGUGAACCCACCGGUGUGUAUCGUUAUGUGUUCCCCUGACCGGUCACUUGUAAGUUAUUGUGCCUCUAGCGGAAUAUACAGUAGUAGAC